CCUACUUCCGCAAACACCGCUCGUCCGUCGGCUUCAGCUCCAGCAGUUUCCCCGUCUCUCGGUGGUUCAAUGCGGCGGCGGACUCCACUCCUGCCCCGGGUCUCUUCCUCCGCACUGCCGAACAUUUAUGACUGAUUGAUCCGCAACCAUGACGUUCAACAGCCGCUGUUCCGCAGCGGAUCCUCCGGGCCUGGAGAGUCAGCGGCGGGAGGUCGAGUCUCUGCUGCGGGAGAGUGAGCUGUGUGUCGGGGACAGUUGGUACAUGGUGGAACGUCGCUGGUUUGAUCAGUGGAAAGAAUUUGUGGAAUCUGGAGACCGGAACUCGUCUUCGUUCCCCGGUCAGAUUGACAACACCGAGCUGUUUGAGGAGCUGGACUCGUAUCACCUGAAGGAUCGUCUGGUGGAGAACGAGGACUUUGUGCUGUUGCCGGCUGAGGCAUGGCACAAGCUGCUGUCCUGGUAUGGCCUGGUGGACGGUCAGCCGCCGCUGGAACGCAAGGUGGUUGACCUGCCCAGCACCAUGAAGGUAGAGGUUUACCCCGUCGAAAUCUUCCUCUGUCUUCAUAGCGACAUGGAGAACGUCGUCACUGCACCGUUCAGCCGCACUGACGACAUCUACUCCAUCCAGAGAGCAGUGUGUCAGUCGUUCUCGGUGCCUCCGGGUUCAGAGUGUCGUCUGUGGAUGAAGAGUUCAGACAGCAGCUGUGAGCGUCUCAGAAACGUCCACAUGAGUGUGUUGGACACGUGUUUGAGUUCAGGGAUGACGGUGAUCAUGGAGACGAGGAAUGCUGACGGUACUUGGCCGAGCUCCAGACCUCAGAUCAUGAGAAACUCUGUGGAGGAGCAGGAGUCGUACCGAGGUCAGCCUGGAGUCUGUGGCCUCACUAACCUGGGAAACACCUGCUUCAUGAACUCUGCUCUACAGUGUCUGAGCAACACUCCGCCGCUCACCGAGUACUUCCUGCAGAGCUCGUACCUCGAGGAGCUGAAUUUCGCGAACCCUCUGGGGAUGAAGGGUGAGAUCGCCGAGGCCUACGCUGACGUCAUCAAACAGAUGUGGUCGGGGAGACAUUACUCUGUGGUGCCGCGGGUUUUCAAGACAAAGGUGGGUCACUUUGCGUCUCAGUUCCUUGGUUACCAGCAGCACGACAGCCAGGAGCUUCUGUCUUUCCUGCUCGAUGGACUUCAUGAAGAUCUGAACCGAGUCAAAAACAAAGAGUACAUUGAGCUGCGGGACGCAGACGGACGUCCUGACCAGGAAGUGGCGGAGGAGGCGUGGCGCAACCACCGGCGGCGGAACGACUCGGUGAUCGUGGACAAGUUCCACGGCCUCUUCAAGUCCACGCUUGUCUGUCCAGAGUGCCGCAAAGUCUCGGUGACCUUUGACCCCUUCUGCUACCUGAGUGUGCCACUUCCUGUCAGUAAAGAGCGAGUCAUGGAGAUUUUCUUUGUCUCUCUGGAUCCACACGCCAAACCCGUGCAGCAUCGAGUCGUCGUUCCUAAAGCAGGAAAAGUGUCAGAUCUCUGCUCUGCUCUGUCUCACAUGACCAACGUACCUGCCUCACAGAUGGUGGUCGCUGACGUCUUCAACCAUCGUUUCUAUAAAAUCUAUAACCCUGAUGAGUCUCUGAGCUGCAUCCUGGACAGAGACGACAUCUUUGUGUAACAGCAGCAGCAGGAAGAGGAGCAGGGGCAGGAGCCUGUACUUCUCGCUCUCUACCUGCGGGAGCGCUCUCAUUACAGAGAUUAUGGGUCGGGCAGCAGCUCGUAUGGGACGUCGCUCUUCGGUCACCCGCUGCUCCUUAAUGUGCCGCGCAGCAGCUGCAGCCAGGAGGCGCUGUACACACUGUUCCUGCAGAGGCUGGCACGCUAUGUGCGACCUCCUGACCCCUCUGAGGAGUUGGAGGAGGAAGAGGAGGAGGACGACGAAGAGGAACUUUAUAAAACACAGACCAACGGCAUCAGUGACGAUGACGCAGACAAAGUGGACGAGUCGUCUCCGUCCGCUCCCUGCUGCACUGACACACCGCUGGCCAACAGCCAAUCACAGGACAGCAGCAUUGCCGCAGAGCCCCUCCCACACCUCAACCACACGCCCUCCUCAGUGGACAACAGUGACCCCAUACCAGAGACCAGCAACGGGUCACAUGACCAGACUGAGCUCUGCCCCUCCGUCGUUGCCACAAACUGCACAGACGGCGUGGAGCACGGUCGCGAUGCGAGCGAGGAAACGGACGCAAAUGUCUCAGAGACGCCGCCACAGACCUGUGAGACUGAGGACGAGGAGCGAGAGGAGGACAAGCAGGAGGAGGCGCGGUCUACCAGCCCGUCCACCAAUGAGCAGCCGGCAAAGACGAGGGCGUGUCGUAAGAGGAGGAAGAGUCUGUUCAGCAUCCAGGCGGUGAACUCUAACGGGACGACAGAGAGAGGGAUGGGAGAGGGAGGGAACGCUGUGUCCUUCAGCUCUCAGCCGUACGUGGCCAUCGACUGGGAUUCAGACAUGAAGAAAAGAUUCUACAACGAGAACGAAGCCGAGAAAUAUGUGAAACACGCCAGCAUGGACGUUCCUCAGCAGCAGACCACGGUGCAGCUGCAGGAGUGCAUCGAGCUGUUCACCACUGUGGAGACACUGGAGGAGGAGAACCCAUGGUACUGUCCGGUGUGUAAGAAACACCAGUUGGCCACUAAGAAGCUGGACCUGUGGUCUCUGCCUGAGGUCCUCAUCAUUCACCUCAAGAGGUUUUCUUACACCAAGUUCACCAGAGAGAAACUUGACAGCAUUGUGGAUUUUCCCCUCAGAGGCCUGGACUUCUCCAGCUGUCUUCUGAGGAAACAUCUGUCAAAUGAGGAGCCUCCGAGCUGCUAUGACCUCAUCGCUGUGUCCAAUCACUACGGAGGACUGAGAGACGGACACUACACCAGCUACGCUAAGAACAAGGACAACGCUCAGUGGUAUUACUUUGACGACAGUAAAGUGACCUUUGCCUCCGAGGACCAGAUCGUGACCAACGCUGCCUACGUCUUGUUUUACCACCGACAAGAUAAACUCAGAAAACCCACACUGCCCCCGCCCAACACAAGCUCCGCCUCCUCCUCUGCCCCUCAGCUCGCCAACGACAUCACUUCCAGCAAAGAUGACAGCACAGAUUUGGGCGCCGCCUCCUCCUCUGCCUCCGCCUCUUACAUCACCAUGGAAACGGACUAAAUAAGAGCGAGAGUUUGACUCUGAUGGAGUGACUGUUUUUUUUUACUUAAGUCAUUUAUCAACAACACUUGAACUUUGACCUCUCAGUUCUGCUCUGGACUUUAAAGGGACAGUUCAGGGUUUUUACGUGAGAUAAUCUACGAUUUAAGAUGACGCAGAUUUUAUUAAUGCAGUUUUUCACAAAAAAAACGAUGAACUGUCCCUUUACAAUGAGUCAUUCUGGAUUCUCAGGUAGAUUCAUCAGGUUUUUGUUUUUCAGGAAACGUUAAAUUAAUCUGCUUAAAAAAAAUACUGUUUCCACUUUAAAUAAAUG